CCAUCAUCACCAUAACGAUCGCUGUAGAUGUGCUUGAGGCAGUACCCGAACUCAUUGGUUACUGUGUCUUUGUUAAGCGGGGAAGAACACAGUCAAAGUCAAGACGAUGUUAGGAGUGCAUUUCCUAGUAACAAUCGCGACCAUGAGCCUUCCGCCAGGACUGGCGCUGCAAUGCUACAUUUGCACGGAGGUGGCGAGCAGAGACGCCUGCAUGCGGAGUAAGCUGGUGGACUGCGGGGCGGACCAGACUGCGUGCAUGACUACAUACAACAAAAACAUCGCCGGAGAGUUCUGGGAUAACGCCUGCAUCACUCAGACCAAAUGUGACAGGUUUGUCCAGACGUACGCCGACCACUGCCCCAAACAUGACGAGUCCAUCUGUGUGACCUGCUGCAACACGACCGGCUGUAUGGGCCAGGCUGGCCGCGGUGAGGCGGGCACGGUCAAGGCCAGCACAUGGGGAGCGAUGGGAACUUUGGUGACGACAGCAGUCCUUGCCGUUUUGAACCAUUUUUAGUAUUCACAGUUACAUAUUUUCCAGCUAUUUCAUUUUCCUUCGUUGUGUUAAAUCAAAGUAGUGCAAGGCUCUGCACUUAUAUUAAGAAGUUUAUUUGCAAGUUCGUGCCCGAGGGCUAAUUGCAAG